GCGUAUAUAAGCUGACGGGAACAGAGGGAGGCACAGCUGCACCUCCGCCACUGUCCCUACAACAAGAGCCAUGUCUGUCCGCGUGGUGCUGCUUGCGUGUCUGGUGGCGGCUGUGGCGGGAAGGCCUCAAGCUCAGCAACAAAACCAGCCCAUGAACUACGACUUCAAGUGGAACGUGGACGCCCAGGACUACGACAACUAUUACGGGCAGCAGGAGGCGGCGAACAAUGGGCGUGUGGACGGCUCCUACUACGUGUGGAUGCCCGACGGCCGGCUCAUGGUGGUCACCUACUACGUGGACGGCGACUCCGGCUUCGUGCCCACCAUCAACUACAUCGAUGAUUACAAGCCAACUUGGGGAACACCUUACUACCAGAACAGGAAGUAGCGACCCCUUCCACGCCUACGACAACACACGUACAGACAUGGCGCCCGCUCAUAAGUCACCCCUGCAUGUCCACUACUCUAAGAUGGAUUCCGAUGACUAUAUGUUCCUAUGGCUCUCAUCCCCAUCAUCACACUCGGCUCACAACAGAGAGCCCGGGUUCGAUUCCCGUGCGGAGUGGAAAAAUUUGUGCAGCUUUUUCCGAUACCCUACGCCCCUGUCCACCCAGCAGUGAAUGGGUACCAGGUAUUAAUCGGGGGUUGUGUCCCGUCUCCUGGGAUCUGUUCCAUUCUCCUAUAAUUCCUUCCCCUCCUGUCUCUCUCCGGCAUAUGACCACAGAUGUUGCGCCGACUAAACGAAACUUUCCAAACUUUCAUCCCCAUCAUGCUUCCUUCUUAACCUGACAACUCUCCCCUUCAGCGCCUCAGUACCAAGAAGUGUUGUCUCCUUCCCUGGUCCUAUUUCCCUUUACCGUCGACCAGCUUCAUAUAGCAAAGGCCGUUCCUCGCCCCGUUCCAGCCUAUAGCCACUCCCCCGCCUGUAGUGUUCCUCGAUGGUGAUAAUAAACAGCUUUUCUUAU